GAAAUUGCAAGAAACGAUGGAAAUGACAAUACUGUAAGUGCCCAGAAUGGCGUUAUGGGGAGCCCAUUUGCAGACACUAACCGUAAGAUUGUCCUAACAGGCCCAAUAUUCCGAUGGUGAGGAACCAGUGCGCUACUAGCACCUGCAGCAAACCACGUUCCUGCUCCUUGUCCGUCAGCACAUGGCAGACUUCAGCCCCAGUUGGAGUGAGUAAUCUAUUUUGGACGGUUUCCACCGUCCUUGAAUUCGGGGGCCAAGCUAGCUGUCAUGCUGAUACCGCCCCCACGUGCCAUUGGCCUCAGGUCUAAUCCCAGGGCUUCACGAUAACGAGCCUCGAUUUCUGAGGUAAGAGCGGGGCAAGAAGGGCGAUGCUUGAUUAAAGCACGCUAUACUGAUUGGCUUCGUAGUCUAGAAUCUUCAUGUUCUCGGACCAUGGGAUGUUAGGCCGGCUAUUUCGGUGAUUGGACCUUCGUGUCUUUGCGCUACUUGUUGUUGACAUCGCCUCUCUCAAUUUGGAUGCCUGCAUUUUGAGAAUCCUUAGAUUAGCAGCCUUGACCAGGGUGAAAAAGCCUUAUCAUCGCAUGACAGACGGGCCAGUGUAACGCUGUGUCAACAGGAUUGAUCCCCCUCUUUAUCAAUUGGCAUCAACUGGUGGGAAACGAACUUGUGUAUCUGUAACUGCUUCUGUCCGCUGGUCUUGAUACUGAAGUACUGUCUAACAUGGAGCGAAAACUUUCGGCUUUGAUCACAGGGUGUGGAAAAGGCGGAAUUGGCCAUGCCCUUGCCUCUCAAUUUAUCGCCGGAGGUUAUACUGUGAUUGCAACCCUCCUUCCUCACGAGGCCCGCGAUCACCUGGAAGACCUCGGAGUCCACGUUUUUGUCUCUGAUGUUACCAGUGAUUCACAAUGUGAAUCCCUGUUUGAGUCAAUCAGAGACUUAACUCAAGGGAAGCUUGAUGUUUUGAUCAAUAAUGCUGGAAUUGUAUAUACGAUGCCAGCUGUCGAUACAGAUGUAUCGCAGGUUGAGAAGAUGUUCGCCGUCAACGUACUGGGACCAAUGAGGAUGGUCAGGGUGUUUCACAAGUCGAUUGUUGCAGCAAAAGGAACCGUUGUAAAUAUCGGCUCUAUUGGUGGUAUUGUGCCAUACAUCUAUGGCGCCUCUUACAAUGCGAGCAAGGCUGCUUUGCAUGCAUAUGGAAAUACACUCAGGGCUGAAAUGAAGCCUUUCGGGGUCAAGGUGAUCACUGUGAUUUCGGGGGAAGUGGGCACAAACAUAUUGAAAAGAGAUUAUGAUGCCUCUUUGCCUGCUGAUUCGAUCUUCCAACCGCUUAGUGAAGAGUUCAAGGCGCAUGUACGGCGGACACCCAACACAAUGACUCCAGCCGAGUACGCAUCUGGAGUAUUCGCCGAAGUGCAAAAAAGCUCACCUUCUGCGUGGUUUUGGCACGGAAACCUAACAACCAUCAUCCGGAUAUGGGAUGCCAUGUUACCUCGAACAUUCUGGGAUUGGUUCUUUGCUCGUGACUUUCAAUUUGAUAAGCUGAGGAAAGCGGUAGAGGAAGGCGAAAAAGCAAGAGCGAAGGUGGAUUAACUCACACUCCGGAGGCUGUGAUUCCAUGUAUAAUUGAAUUUUGUAACCCGAAACAUGAAAUGUGUAUAAGUUUAGCAACUCAGCGUAGUUGU